AUGGGCGCUGUAGGGCAGACGAACGCAGGCUGGACAGCUCAUGAGGUGCGUAUUGGAUGGGACGUCAGACGCUCGGGUCGAGUCAUCAAUCCAGUCAUCGAGGAGGCGUACCUACGCGACGACAUCUCCCUGCGCACGGAGCUCGGGACGGAGUUCCCGGACAGCGUCCCCAGGCUCUCGGCGCAGGCCUCCCACUACGCCGUCCUCGACACGGGCGUCAUCUCGGACCUUCUCGAAGUCUUGGAGCUGCCAGAGGUCGAACAUACCAUUUUGCCAAUUAGCGCGCUCCGCGCAGCCAUCAAGGCGGCCGGGGCGAACAUCCGCCGCGUGGGCCGCAUCCGCGCGCUGUACCGCGACGGCCGCAGGAGCACCGCGGCGUUCGACGACCUGCACCACCGUCAACUGGCAGAAAGGGCCAGGAGCAGAAACACGGGCCAUGUUGCUGCGACUCCGACGCCCCUGGACGUCGCGGAGCUCUACAGCGCGGAGAUCCGCGGCGCCAUCCCCGUCGUCGUCGUCUCGGAGGCCGCCGCGUCGAGCGUCGGCCUCAGCGCGGACGUAGACACCCCGGGGGGCAGCGACGGCGCAGUCCCCCCCCUGGCGCACGGCGCGGCAGCGGCGCUGCGGAAGUUGGCGGAUGUGGGUCUGGCGUGGGCGGCGCCGUCGGGCGGGGUGUGGGUGAUGCGUCCGCGGGCGUACUUUCACGCGGCGUACGGGGGGAGUCAGGGGGGGGUGUUGGAGCUGUACGACGCGGUGGUGCGCGCGGCGACGGAGCGCGCGGCGGAGGACGAGGCGGCGCGCGCGGCGCGGGACGCCGGCGCGGGACUCCCCCACCUCCUGCCCUCGGAGAUCGAGUCAGGGCUUGACAGCGGGGAACUCCUCCAGGGGACGUUUUGGGCCGAGCGCGGGCGGCCGUUCUGCGGCGUCCUGCGGCUCGCGGCGGGCUCGAAGUCCACGAGCCUGGACGUGGUCAUUCCGGACAAGGCGGCGUCGAACCGCGCUAUUCACGGCGACGUGGUGGCGGUGCGCUUGGUCGACGUCGUUGGGGCGGGGGGGGGAGGUGACGAGGACGACGCGGACACGGACGUGGGCUUGGCGUCUGUGGCGGAGGGGAUUACGUUCGAGGAGGGCGUGGGCGGCGAGGUGGACGAGACGGCGACUGUGGCGGGCCAGCAGGGGCGGGCGCAGCUGACAGCGGUGGUGGUGGGGGUGUUGCAGCGUGCGGGGGGGGACAUCGUUGCGAGCAUCGACAAGGGCGACGAGGAGGCGCUGAUGGCGAUGGACGCGGCGCAGGUCGACGCCAGACUCGAGGGCGUGCUGUGCGUCCCGCUGGACAAGCGGCUCCCGAAGGUCCGUCUACGGAGCAGAAACAUCACCCAAUUGUUUGGGAAGCGGCUCGUGCUCAGGAUCGAUCGCUGGGACCACGGGGCGUCGUUUCCGCAGGCGCACCUCGUGCGCGUACUCGGCGACAUCAUGGACAUGAAGGCGGAGAGCGAGGCGGUGAUGGUCGCGAACAACGUCGUGUGGCAGCCGUUCUGCGAGGGGGCCCUCCGGGAACUCCCCCAAGACACCCCCCCGGACGACCUGACGGCGUGGCAGGUCCCGGACAGCGACGCGGCGCGUCGGCGCGACCUGCGCAAGGAGAAGGACGUCUUCAUUUGCUCCGUGGACCCGAUCGGGUGCACGGACGUCGACGACGCGCUGCACGCGCGCAGGCUGUCUGCGAGCGAGGCGGCGGCGACCGCCAAGCGGCUGGCGGCGGCGGGGAAGGGCAACCGGCGGCCGUGCUUCGAGAUCGGCGUGCACAUCGCGGACGUGACGCACUUCGUGCGGCGCGGGGGGUACCUCGACGGCGAGGCCCGGCAGCGGUGCACGACGGUAUAUUUGGUGGACCGAAGACUAGAUAUGCUUCCAGGACUGCUGAGCGGCAACCUGUGCUCGCUCGUGUCCAACGUUGACCGCCUCGCCGUGUCCGUCAUCUGGACGCUCGACGAGGAUUUCGAGCCCGUCGACGUCUGGUACGGCCGCACAGUCAUCCGGUCGAAGUACAAGCUACACUACCAACAGGCACAAGACAUCCUGGACGGCUCGGACGCGCCGACGCCCGCGCCAGGCACCGACACCGUCGCGCCGGCCGACCUCCCCGUCGUCCGCGACUCCCUCCACCUCCUCGCGUCCGUCGCCUCGAAGCUCCGGGCCGGGCGCGUCGCCGCCGGCGCUCUGGAGCUCGCCAGCGCGGAGCUGCGCUUCGAGACCGUCGGCCCGGACCGCACGGGCGCGCCGAGCGCCGUGAGGACGAAGGUCGAGAUCCCGAUGAUGGGCGUGGUGGCGGAAAUGAUGAUCUUUGCUAACGCGUGGGUCGCGCGGCGCACGCACGGGGCCUUCCCGACGUGCGCGCUGCUGCGGCGGCACCCGCCGCCGCGCGAGAAGGCGUUCGAGGAGGUCCGCGAGGUGCUCGAGGGGGCGGGCGUGACGCUCGACGUGUCGUCGAACCGCGCCUUGCAAGAGUCCUUGGACAGAGCGGCGGCGGCACUCAAGGACCCGGCGGCCGUGGUGCUCGUGAAGGCGAUGGCAACGCGCGCGAUGAGCGAGGCGCAGUACUUCUCCACCGGCGACGCCAAGGAGUCGGGCUUAUACCACUACGGUCUGGCCCUCCACCAUUAUACCCACUUUACAUCCCCCAUCCGCCGGUACGCCGACUGCAUCGUGCACCGCCAGCUCCUGCGCGCCAUCGGCGACCCCGAGGACGCCGAGGACGCUGCGCGCAGCCAGGAGCGGGGGACUAUUGCGGCUGAUGCGGGGGGGUCGGGGUACGACGCUGCGGGCAUCCGUCUCGCAGCGGACACGAUGAACGAGCGGCACCGGAGCAGCAAGCACGCGCAGAAGGAGUGCGGCGACCUCUACCUGCUGUCGCUGCUGCACUCGCAGCCCCUCGUCGAGCAAGCCGUCGUUUACGCAUUGACCAACAACACGGCAACUGUUUUCGUUCCGAGGUUCCACAUCCGCGGCCGCGUCCCGCUGACCGCGCGCGACUCGCGCGCAGCAGUGCUGCCGGAGGGCCACCCCGCGGCCGGGCGCGCCGGGCUGCAGCUGGUGACGUCAGGGGGGGUGUUGACGUCAGGCGGACCCGCGACGGACGCGAAGGCGGUCGACGCCGCCGGGAACGUGGUCUGGGCCGUGCGGCUCAUGGACAGCGUGUACGUGCGGCUGUCGGCGGAGGCGUCGCGCACCCACGGCCCGCGCAUGCGCGUCCAGCUUCUGCACGCGCAGCACCCGGACGCUGUUGCCGCGGCCGAGCAGGCGCGGCAGGACGCGGCGGAGGCCGAGCAGCAGGUUCGCGUGGACUUCCGCAAGCUGUACAAGGAGCACAAGAGGGAGCGCGAGGCGGCGCAAGCGGCGGCUAGCGCCUCGGCAUCGACGCACCGCGACAGCCAAGAGGCGACGCUCGCGUCGCCGGACGAAGACGCUCGUCGGCGGGCGAGGUUCCAGCAGUCCGGCUCGGAUCCUGCGGCCCCGCGUGCGGCGCUUGCGCGCGUCGCCGCGCUCCUGCCCACACUCGCACCCGCCUCAGAGGCGGGCGCGCUGCAGGGGCCCGCUGCGGGGCCAGACGUGGAUGAUGGCAGCGUGUCCGAGGCCUCUGGCGUCGGAAGCGAGAGCGGAUUGAGCCUGCCAAGCGACGACGACGACGACGUGGCAGAAGUUGUCGUUCCGGCUGCUGGACUGCGCACUGGGGCGCGUCCGGGGCAAUCGGAUGCUGACCUGGAUCUGAGCGAUAUUCUAGCGGAUCUUCCGGGCGGCGGAGCACCGAUGGCCACGACAGAGGCGGACCUGGACGAUCUGCUCAGCGGGCUGGACGUCGGGGCGCCAGGGCCAUCGCCGGCGCAGCGGCCUGCGCGUGGCGAAAAGGUGGCGGCCGGGAAGACGACGGGCGACGCCGGGCUCGACGCGCUCCUCGGGGGCCUCAGCGACGCGGACGCGAAGCCUCGGCCGGGCGCGCCGGCCCGCGGGGUCAACGACGACUUCCUGUCGGACCUGAUUGGGGGGGGUGUUGAUGACGUCAGCACGACGGCGGCGGCGGCGGCCGCGAAGCCCGCGAAGGGCGAGGCGCCGCGUGGGGGGCCGUCCAGGGGCAAGAAUCGGGCCGCGAAGACCGCGAAAGUGAAGGAGGCGAACCUUGCGGCGGUGGCGGCGAAGGAGGAUCGGAGGCCCGUGGUGGGGGCGGUGGCCGACCAGCCGGUCACGACGUCCGUGCCGAUGGCGACGGCGGAGGGGGAGUUCUGCGCGGGGGUGCGGUCGUUCGGGCCGACGACGCGGAGCGCCGGCGACAAGGAGGUGAAAGUGGCGCGGAAGACCCUGGAGGGUAUCUUGCAGGAACUGGACCCCUCGAUUGACCUCGGGGCCCCGCGCGCGUGUGCGCGGCGGUCGACGUGCUCGUCGGAGGCGCUGGGGCGCGCGGCGGUGUCGCGGGAGGAGGUCGCGGCGUACAGGAGGGUUGGGAGGCGGCUGGCACAGCUGGUGGGGGGGAGUUCCGGGCCUGACACGGAGCGGCGCGUGGCGCGGGAGAGGCGGCUGCGGGACGCGAUCGCGGAGCUGGAGGUCGCGUCGGGGGCGGCGCGGGGGCGCUGA